AUGACGAACCAUACAUUCAGGCCUAGUGGGCCAUCGGUCGCCGUCAUGCUCAACGAGGCCGGCCUCGACUCUCCCUCGUUCCGGGCCACAGCUGUCCACUUCACCGAGCAGGUCGACGCCAUCGAGCGCUGGCUGGACGGCUAUGCCAAGGCUAGCGCAAAGCUGUCGCACGACUUCCUCGCCCUCGAGGACCACGUCAAUGCCUACAUGUCCCGCAUCAUCCCGCCAGUCCACAUCACCGCCAUCGACCAUGACUACUCCGCGCUCGCGCUCAAGCGAUUCGGCGACGGUGCACGAGAAUGGUGGUCCUCAAUGCUGGGCACGGCCAAGAAGAUGGAGACGCUUUCGACCGAACCAGUACGCAAGUUCCUCACCGAGGAGCUCAGGACGUUCAAAGAGGCCCGCAGAGUCCUCGAGGCGACGCAGAAGGCCUUCGACACCACCCUCGCCCGCUACGUGGCUCAGUCCAAGACAAAGGAGCCCUCGUCACUGCGCGAGGACGCCUUCGCCGUCUAUGAGUCUCGCAAAGUAUACUUGAAGGCCUCGAUGGAGUUUUGCCUCUUCGCGCCACAGCUCAAGAACGCACUCGACAAGCUCCUGGUCCGCAUCUCGACCGACAUGUGGCGAGAGAUGAAAAAGUCCAAGUCCGCUGCGGGCAGCUUCGGCAAGUACGGCCAGGAGAUGGACCGGGUACGCGGCUGGGUGAAAGAAAUGGAGCUCAACGAACCCGUCUUCAAGCGUGAGCUGCUCACCUCGCGCCGGGAUAUCGGGGAGACCGCACUGGCCAGCUUCAAGCCAUCUCGGGAAAUUGACGACUACGGUACUUCGACCGUGCCUUUUCUCGGGUCUAGAGGGCCCAUGAAUGUGGCUACGGACGGUCAGGCAGCCGUCAUCUCGGAAAAGCAGGGCUGGCUAUUUCUCAGGACGAUUUCGGGCAAGCCAGCACGGCACCAGUGGAUCCGCCGGUGGUACUACUGCAAAGACGGGAUAUUCAGCUGGCUUGUCAAUGGGCCGCAAGGUGUUCUGCAGGGCGAUGAGAUUGGUGUUCUGUUGUGUAACGCCAAGCCUGCUGUUGGAGAGGAGCGCCGCUUCUGCUUCGAGGUCAAGACGAAGAACCAAAGCCUGAUGCUCCAAGCUGAAACCCAAGCUGAGCUCAUUGAAUGGCUGGAAGUGCUUGAGGUUGCCAAGAAGAAGGCCUUUGAGGCAAGUGUCGGCAGGAAUGCAUCUCUGCUGCCUGGAGGCGUCGACCCAGCCUUUGCCAUCGCUCAGCCUGCCCUUCCCGAGUUCUCCGCCAAGUUCUUCGAUGCGCAGAUGAGCUUCGGAGGCGGCGACGACGGACCGCUCGCCAUGGACCGCACAGGUACGCUCGCUGUGCCAGGACAGGAGCUUGGCCCUCGAGCAAGCACGGAUGGCACCAUCACCUUGCCCAAGCGGUCUGCGACUUCAACUCUGGUACGCGAAGAAGGCGAGAGUGGCCGCGAACACGCCGCUAGGAUCAUGCAGAAGCUCGAUUUGCACCGCAAAGCAACAUUUGGCGCACCCGAAACGGCCAGCACGUCCGCCGCGGCUAUGCCUACAGGCGGCAUAGCUAGCUUGAUAUCGGCAAGCCACAGCCUGCUGCCCAGUCACCAAAGUCCAAUGCUUGCGCAGCAGCUCAGUUCGAAAUCAGGAUCCACGGCAGCACUCACAGGACCGGAGAUGCACCCCGGAACACUGGCCCCCACGACGCUGGCGCGACCUCCCGCCCCUACCAGUCUUAGCAAGACAGCGGUCGUCUACAGUGGUGACAGGGCAUUCACGGCAAAUCCAACUCGGACCAUGCCAACUGCCAUUCUUGCAAACUACUGGGGUAGUCAUGCCUGGUCGCAAGAACAGACGAGCAAGAUUGCCAGAGAGAUUUCGGACCCUGAUGAUCCGUUUGGGCCGAACUCGCCUACUAUCAUGAUGACACGAGCGAACGACAGUGAGACGGGCACGCCGCUGUCGGCGCACAAAAAGUCUGUCAGCAUGGAUGCCAAGAUCUUGCCGCCGUCGGCACAGGAGAAGCCGCCACAGGAGACGUUCCCUACCGGCUAUCCGAUUGAACUCAAGACCAAUUCUGCACAGUUCCGUCUCUUGUUCCCGUCGGUGUCGAUAGAUGAGAAGCUUGUCUUGGUUUUCCGAGCCUCAUGGAACAGUACCGCUGACGGACAGCCAAACACUCCCCAGAUGGCAGGGAAUGGACGGAUCUAUGUCACUUCAGACAACAUGUACUUCUAUGGCAACCAGAUGGGCCUCGUCGUUACGUAUGCGUUUAGUCUUGAUCGCAUUACCGAGGCCACGGCUGCUCCUGGGAAGGACUGCGAUUUCAUCUUUCUGCAUCUGGAUCAGGAUGAUGAGAAUGCGUACAACAGAAUCACGAUCAAGGUCUACUUGGAGAACCUCGACUUGCUGCACGCUCGUCUGAACCUGCUCAUCGACGACUUGCAAGCAGAAGAGCCUAUGGACACCUCCGAGCUCGUACAGAUGCUCAUAGGCCUCGAGGGCAAUACGAGAGAAAAGCGCAGCCCCAGCGCGGACAGCUGGGAGAAUGUAUCUGCGCACGAGCAUGGCAAUGAGAGUGCUUCUGGCAGCCGUGCGGCGAGCCCGAGAUCACAUGACUUUGUCUACAAAUCUCGCUCGCGAGCCGUGCACAACCCUUUCCCCAAGAUCCAGCUUCCAACUCAUCCCGUAUUCUUUGAGCCUGAAGACAUGCAGAGAAAGGUGGCUGAGCGGAACUUUGAGAUCAGCGCCAAGGCAUGCUUCCACGUGUUGUUUGGCGACAAGAGCUUUGUUUUCCCCAAGAUGUACUUCGACCGAAGGGCCAAGGAAAUUGCUCAGGGCCCUUGGGUCAACAUCCCGGACUUGGAUCGCCUGCAACGAAAGUUCAACUUCAAGGUAGACUUCUCCUCUGGACUGCUCAAACAGACCAAGGCCUUGGAUGUCACCGACUAUCAGACCAUCGAGGUCUUUAGCGACCACGUUACAUACGUCGUCACAUAUGUGCGAACACCAUGGCACCUGCCCCAUCCAGAUAGUUUCAGGCUGGUUACCAAGAUUGUCAUUACACACGUGGCCAAGUCCAAGUGCAAGCUUGCACUGUUCAUCAAGGUAGCCUGGUCGAAACCACCAACACUUGGCCGCGCCAUGGUUGAGCGGCAAGCCCUGGAUGACGCGGGGCAAGAUGCGGAGGAGCUCGCGGAUGUGGCUACGGACCAGGUCAGGAAGCUAGGCCACCACAGCCGCACCAAGAGGGCGAUCCAGGUGUACGGAAACGUCGGGCAGGAGCCUCAGGUCCUCGUGUUCCGACCAGGCGAUACGGGCGACGCCUCGAGCAAGAAGUCGCAGGUGAACCCGCGGACAAUGACAUCCAUGGUCUUUGACACGACGCGUUCUUUCAUGGAGAGUGUGGCGACGUCACUGAUGAUGUGGGCGUUUGCCGUCGUCAAGAAGGCAUGGGACGUGGUCACGGCGCAGCGUCUCCUGCUGACCGUGCUGGCCCUGAGCGUGAUGGUCAACAUGCUGCUGUCGUCGCAGAACACAAUGGAGUGGUGGGGCGAGCGCCGAGCUGCCAAAUUUAUGGGACGCAUGGGCAUCACACCCAACGUGGUGAUGAGCAAGGCGAUAUACCUCUCGGACCUGGAAGAUGCGGCACGCGGCUCGAGGGUUGAGUACUCGUUGCCGCAAGGGAGCACCUGCUUUGACAAGUACCAGGCCAUCAUGAACAGCACCUCGGUCGAGGCGCCUUGGGAUGAUGCGGGCGCAGGCCUGUCGCUUGCGAGUAGCCGAUCCGCCGCGCGCCGGCUGCGGCGCACUCGUCAGCGCUUAGGCACGUACCGGCACGACCUGCUUGUCGCUAUCCGCAUGGUCAACACGGUGGAGCGCGAGGCCGUACAGGCUGAGUGGGAGAACUGGCUACUGGACGAGAACGAGCGGUGCGACCAGGCCGGCACGCUGCUCAAGGGCAUGCAAAGCGGCGGGAACUCGACUACCGCGACGACCACCAAGAGCAAGAAGGAGAAGAAGCUGGCGCAGCAACAGAAGCAGAAGAAGGACGAAGCAGAGCAGGACAAGGCGAGAGCCGAGCUAGAGGCGUGGUAUCAGGAGUACUGCGGGAGCUGCCGGGCGGAUCGCGAUGCUGUGCUUGAGGCCAAGGAGGUUCUGUCGCUGAAGUAG